AUGUUUGCUGCCAAAGAAGCUCUCCAAGCCUUCACUAAGAAUGCAAGGACCGCAUCGCCAAUGUAUCGCGCUGCGCUGAGACCUGCCGCACGAGGAGCAUUGAGUACGAAUGCUACUUCUCAGGUUCCAUCGUCAGUGGUCAACUGGAAUUCCGAGCCAUGCCCUAACACUUUUUCCACACAAUUUGUCAGAGGUUUCGCGACCGCUGCUCCAAUGGGCACUGUCAGUCGACCAUUGGAAAAGCUCGACAUGGCAACAGUUGGCAAGAUCCAAGCGGAACUAGGUCAAGUCGACACAAAUGAAGAUGGUCGAUUGGAUGCCGACGAAUUGAGUGAACUCCUCAAGAAGCACCAUUCGGAAUUCACCAAUGAAGAGAUCAUGGAGGCAAGAGACAUGUUCUACGCUGGCAGAGCUGGAGGUAGCAUCAGCUUUGCAGACUUUAUCGAAGUUCUCGACAAAAUUGCUGCCGAGAACAAGCUUGAUCACCCAAUUCUAAAUGGCAGUUGCAGUGCCGAAUACAUCUACCGCAAGAACCAUCACUACACCAAUGAAGAGCUUCAAAUUGAGCUCACUCAUGUUCCACCACAAAAUAUGAGAGACAAGCUCGCGUACAAUGCCGUCAAGGCCGUCCGAGGCGGUUUUGACAUGGCGACAGGGUGGCAGUCCAAAGGAAUCACCAAGGAUAUGGUUAUGCAACGAGUUAUUUUCCUAGAGACAAUCGCUGCUGUCCCUGGAUUCGUUGCGGCCAUUGUGAGACACUUCAAGAGUCUUCGCAGAAUGGAACGUGACGGUGGUCUUCUUCAGUUGUUCCUCGAGGAAGCCAACAACGAGCGCAUGCACUUGUUGUCAUUCAUCAAGAUGAAAAAUCCAGGAAAAUUGUUCCGAGGAGCUGUCAUUGUUUCUCAGUUUGGAUUUGGUACUGCCUUUUUGACGUCCUACGCGAUCUCUCCCAAGUUUUGUCAUCGCUUUGUUGGAUACGUCGAGGAGGAAGCCUGCUCGACCUACACCAAAAUUAUUGAUGCCAUUGAGAAAGCCCCAGAGGGUAGCGAGCUUGCUGAAUGGAGAACCGAAAAGGCGCCUUCUAUUGCCGUUGGAUACUGGGAGCUUGGAGAGCAUGGAACCGUUUUGGAUCUCAUGUAUGCUGUCCGUGCGGAUGAAGCCGAGCACCGCGAUGUCAACCAUGUUGCCACGGAGCUCAAAUUGGGACAAACCAAUCCCUACAAUGAUCCAGAGAUGAAGCUAUCAAUCGCUCUUCGCAAGUAUGUGCAGGAUGUCAUGUCUCGGGACGAUGACACCAAGGUUACAGCAACUGCUUGA